GGGCCUGAUGGAACAAGCCUGUAAUCCCAGUGAUUCAGGUGGCCGAGGCAGGAGAAUGACAAUGCCAAGGCCCGCCAAGCUCUAGAAAGUUCCAGACCCUGGCUGUUUCUUAAUCCGGAAGGUAAGCAGUAAUCCAUGGGUCUCACGUGGCUCCUGCUUGCUCCAUCACAGGCCUCUCUCCUUGCAACAGGUGCAGGUGAGAUUCCCAAAGGUCUGGGAGGGGUGGAGGCAGGAAGCCGCUGAGCCUAGAAAGCCGGCUGGGGUUAGGCCGGGUGCAGAGGCCAGAGGAUGGGUGAUCCGCUGCUGGAACGCACCAGAAGGCUGCUGACUGACUACUUGACGUUCUGUGCGCGGGAGCCGGGCACCCCCGAGCCGCCGCCCGGGUCGACCGAGGCGGCCUUGCUGCGCUCUGUGGCAGGUGAAAUCCAAGAGCACUACCAGGAAUUCUUCUCCUCCUUCCUGGGCUACCAGGGCAACCGCCUGGAGCUGGUGACACGGAUGGUGAAUGUGGUGCUCUCCGAUACCAUCAACUGGGGCCGCCUGGUGUUGGUCUUGACCUUCGCGGGGACGCUUCUGAAUCAAGGCCCUUGCAAGGCUACCAAGCAGAAGAAGAGUGGUCGGGGGAAUCAAUCCCAUGUGACCCGAGACUGCCAGCUCAUAGUGGACUUUCUGUGCAGUCGGAUCCUGGGACAGCAUCGUUCCUGGCUGGAGGCUCAGGGUGGCUGGGAUGGCUUUUGCGACUUCUUCAAGAGCCCCUUUCCACUCUGUUUUUGGAGACUGGUGAUCAAGAUUCUUCUGUACUGCAUCAUUGCAACAGCCACCCUGUAUGUCUGGAAACAAUUUAGGUUUUAAAAUUGUAAAACGAUUUUACCUGCCUACCUGUGAUCCUCUAAGGGACAAUUUUAGAUGGCUGGAUAAGAACUGAAGAAAUCCUCCUGCCUAGAAACAUUUUAACCUGCAUGCUACAUGGAGUCCCGGGGUUGUGAUGGAGCCAGUAUUUGGAGAGGGCCUGAGUGGCUCUUCACUAAGUGGGGAAUGGUCUUACUUCAAAGAACUCCAGAAGGAACUACAUCCACUCACUAAAGUGCGGCUGUCUGCGUUUGGCUAUAAGCACGCCAGAGCCUCUCCCGUCUGUUCUGGGGUUCUUGAGCUGCCGAUGUUCAAUAACCAGGGUUCCAGGGCAGAGACUCCCAAAGCGCCAAAACCCCAGAGCGAUGAGGAAUGCCAAUAGGAAACCUCAAGGACUCCUCGGAAACCUAGAUCUUUCUGUGCCUAAUUCCCGGGA